GAGAUGUACAAGAACCAGCUGCAGGAGCUUGCACAGAGAAGCUGUUUCAACCUGCCUUCGUACGCGUGCACCAGGGAAGGACCGGAUCAUGCGCCGAGAUUCAAAGCUUCCGUAAACUUUAACCACGAGAUCUUCGAAAGCCCGGCCUACUGCACCACGGUGAGACAGGCGGAGCAUGCAGCCGCAGAAGUUGCUCUCAAUAAGCUCUCCACCAGAGGCCCUUCCAGGUCUCUCACUGCCAGAGUUCUUGAUGAAACUGGAAUUUACAAAAACCUCCUCCAAGAAACAGCUCACAGAGCUGGGCUGAAGCUCCCUGUAUACACCACUGUACGAUCAGGUCCCGGCCAUGUCCCGGUUUUUACGUGUACCGUGGAGCUUGCCGGAAUGAAUUUUACUGGCGAGCCGGCCAAAACCAAGAAGCAAGCAGAGAAGAAUGCUGCAAUUGCAGCCUGGUUUGCCUUGAAAAAAAUUCCAGACCUGGGGUUUUCCACAAAUAAAGAAGCAGAAGAAGAGCAGGCAGUUGUGACAAGGUUGCUCUCAAAUUUUAAACCCAGAGAUGAUAACAACAAUAAUAAUAGCAAGCAAUUUAUGAGGAGGAUGGAUCCAAUUCAAGCAAGGAGAAGAAUUGUGAGAUCAUCAUCGUCGUUGUCAUUGUCAUCAUCUUCAUCCAGUAGUAGUACUAGCUCUCUGCAGAAUCAAAACUCGAGGCUGGUAGAUCUGUUAACUGAUUUGGUUCCACAAGUUUCAACAGUUCAAAAGCAGAACACUUUUGCAUCUCUUCUUCCUCCACCUCCCCCUCGAACCACCUCGAAGAUUUUGCCACCAUCUACAAUGCUCAACAAAGACAAGUCCCCUUCCCAUCCACCAUUAUCCGAUUAUAGGCCAAUCCCAGUACAAGUGAGUGUGAGGGGAGGUUCAAAAGUUAUACCACCUCCAUUAGAACAGCACCAAAGGGAUGAGGAAGAAUGGCUUGGUAUUGUAAAGGAGGAUCCUAGUGGUUCAAAUUCAAGUGGUAUAUUUGGUUCAUCAGGUUCUGCAUACAGGCAAUUUCCUGUGUCUAAUGCCGGAAAUUAUGGCGCUUUUGAAUUGUCCUGUCCAAUUAAGGCCGCACCUGGUGUCAAGAUUUCAAAAAGACAGACUAGUGGAUUCAACAUGUAUAGUGGAGGGUUAAGUCCUCACAAGAAUUUUGCACCUGCAGUUCAAAUGAGAUCGGUGAUCCCAGUUUGUGCAGCACCACCGGCACCAGUGAGACCUUCCAUACCAACAAAAGUGAUGGCAAUGAAAGGCAUUUCUUCAGGAGCAGAAGUAGAAGCAGGCUUAAGUUUAAGUGAUUCUACCAAUUCAUCAUCAUGGGGCAGAUCAAGGUGGAAGAUGCCCGAGUCAAGUUCAAGUUCAACUCAGCAGCUGGGUUCCGAGUUUAACAAGCUGCAGUUAGGAGGAGGCAACAAAGACAUUAGUAAGAUUAUCUAAAUCAUAACUGAAAGUUACUGCCUUUUUACUUGGAUGGAAAUUAAGCAGUUGGGAUGACAUGUUUUUACAUGCAUUGUGGACUGGCCACAGAGAGAGAGAGAGAGAGCAAUAAAUGAGAGAUGGAAGAGGUGGGUUGCAGUUGCAGAGGAUAAGAGAUCGGGAGAGAGAGGGAGAGAGAGGGGGUUUGGCAGAGCAAUGAAGGCAGGCUGAAGAGGGACAACAGACACUGUAGCGAUUAACGCAAGCAAUUAAUAUACUCUCAGAGAUAUUUAAUGCUUCUGUAUUUUCCAUUAAUGCUUCUUUCUUCUUCCUCUUCUUCUCAGUCCCCUCCUCAGAGAGAGAGAGAGGCAGACAGCUUUUUCUUCAUCUUAUCUUCUUCUUCCCCUAAUCGGCUAUUCCUAUUGUUUGUAUAAUAGCCUCUCCACUUUAUAUGCGACGGAUUCAAUGUCACGUCUUGAUUCAAUUCUCUACAUGUUAAUGUACUAUUGGAUUAGAACGUUACAUGACGGUGAAUCCGUUCUAUAUAAAUUAUACUGAUUGAGUUUAAGCCUACGUCCCUGAAUAUUUUAUAAUAAUGUGUGGACUUAGAUUAGAGGGUUACAACAUUUUGAAUGAAUGAGAGAGUUGUAGCCGUUGUGUUGUGAUGGGGUGGUGGGAGUACAGCUGCAAAUACCAUUCGGUUCAAAUCUGUAAUAGCUCUUACCAAAAUCGAAGCCUAAGUAUUUAUUUGGUGUCGGUAAUUUACAGAAAUGUAGUGCCAAAAAGUAGAUUUCCGGCAUGAAAUUAAAA